AUGAAGGUAUUCUGGAGCCGCGACCAAGAUUCCCAGACCAUUACCCUCGACUUCGAAGUAUCUGACGAAGGGGAUGCGGCAGGAACGCCAUUUAGUUUGGAGUAUGUGGUGGCGCACGAAACAGGACAUGCCCUCGGUUUCUGGCAUACUCACCAACGACCCGACAGAGAUCGCCAUAUUUCCAUUAACUGGAAGAAUGUGAUGGAAGAAGCGACUGCGUCAUUUAUGCCAUUCCGGAGUAUGCUUCAAGCGUUUGGAAUCCGCCAAGUCUCUCCACGUCGUGUACCGUACGACUACGGAUCUCUGAUGCAUUACCAUGCUGUUGCUCAUGCAAUUAAGGUUUCCGAUUUCACGAUUGUGCCAAAAGAGUUGAAAUACGUGACCACAAUGGGCACCGAGAAGAUGGCCUUCUUAGAUGCCAAAGUGAUCAACGACAUCUAUUGCCCGAAUGCCUGUGCUGGACGAUCAAAUCUGCAUUGUCUGGCUGGCGGUUAUCCAGAUCCAAACAACUGCGCCGUCUGUCGUUGCCCAGAAGGACUAGGCGGGCCUGACUGCAGUCGAUUACAACCUAGUUCUUGUGGCGGCGAACUAGUCGCGACCGACACUUGGCAAACGCUUUCCAGUCCACCAGGAAAAGACAUCAAAUGUUACUGGAGGAUAUCUGUACCGGAUGGGGGUCAUAUACGUUUCCGACUCUCUGAUGGAGAGUUUCCGUGCUCAUACGGCUGUCAAUCAUAUGUGGAAAUCAAGCACAAGUUGGACAUUCGAUUGACCGGAUUCCGGAGCUGUUGUUAUCGACCAAAAGAAGACACGGUUUCUGAAAGCAAUCAAGUAUUCGUCAUCUACCAUCCAAAUGGACGAACAGCACGAUUCUCAUUGCGCUUCAAGCGACAAAUCUAA